GCAACUCUUAAAAAACAAAAUGUCACAUCAACGGACACGUCUAUUUCUUUGAAAAUUCUUCUUGUUAAGGUAUCUGUGCGUGUAACAGAGGUACUAUUUAGACAGACAAAAAGUUUGUAUGUUUAGUUAAGACGGAGAGAACUAAAGGAAGCCAGAAAAAAUGGCAGAUGCUGGGGAGAAAGGGGAAGAGGGUCAUUCCCAAGGGGGUAGUCCAGCAUCAAAGUUGGAUAACCUGGCAAGGGAAGACCUGCUCAAGUUUGUGAAAAGACAGAUGGUCAAUAUGCAGAAACUUAAGGGUAAAAAUGAAGAUUUAACCAAGAAAAUGGUGGAGUUGGAGAAGAAAGCUGAUGGAGGAGAGGGUACUGACAUUGAGAAGAAGUUGUCUGAGGCUACAGCAGAAAAACAGGAAAUUAUGAUGAAAUAUCAAGCUGUGCAGCUUGAGUUAGAGAGGCAAAGGAAUCUUACUGAGGAUAUGGAAACUGAAAUAAGUGGACUUAAAGAGCAGAAAGCGAACAUAGAGGGUCAACUUGCUGCUACAGAAAAAAAGGAUAAGGAGUUACAUGAGCAGUUAGAAUGUAUGAAGAUGAAGGAUGAGACAAUGGCCAACACAUUCCAGGUGUUCCAGAGUGAGGCUGACCAGCUUGCUAAAGCCAAUAAAGAGUUAAAGGAACAAGUACAAAUCCUCACAGAUGCCAGGGACCAGCUUAUGGAGAAAAUACAGACAUUAAAGCAUGCUCAAUCAGAAUCUGCCUCUUCUAGUGAAGAAACUUUAAUUAUGCUCAAUGAGAAAAAUCAGGGCCUACAAGAGAUGAUCACAGCCCUGGAAAAGGAUAAGCAAAACAAAGUUAAAGAGUUAGACGAGUAUGAAAACAAAGUCGAGAAUUUGAACUCUCAGAUGGAAGCCUUAGAAUCUGAAGUUGAGAGGUUCAGAGUAGAGUGUGAGACCAGCAAAGGUCUAGUUCAGGAGCAAGUAGAAAAAUACAAAUGUCUUGAGCAAGAGAAAGGUGAGCUAGAAUCUAGGAUGAAUGCAAAAAUAGAAGAAGCUACUAAUAAUUCAAGCAAAGAAACUGGUAAUUAUGAAGAAAUAGUGAAGAAUUUAGAAAGUUUGAAAGUAGAAAAUGAAAAACUACAUGAAGAGUUGAGUAAAGUUGAAGCAAGAGAAAAAGAAAGCAUUGCUAAAAUAAAUGAAGAAAACAAGAAUUUGAAAACCAAAUUAAUUGAAGUAGAAAAAGAGAGCAAUUUAAAGCAGAGAGAAUUAAAAGAAGAAAAUGAGAAAUUUGAACAGGAAUUAAAUGAAUUCAGAGAGAAAGAGACUGAGUCACAAGUUCAUUUAGAGAAACAGAUGAUUGAGCUCACAGAGGAAUUGAAAAGGGUUCAAGCAGAAUUUGAUCAAAUGGAAGUAGAAUCAAAUAAAGUAAAAGAUUCCUUGCAAAAUGAGUCCGAAAAGAAUGCUGUCUUGCAAUCUGUCUUACAAGAGACUCAGAAUCAAGUAAAAGAAUUAACUAAUAGAGAAAAAGAUUUUGAAAAUGAGUUAAAAAUUGCCCAAGAAAAAUGUAAAGUUCUAGAAUCAUCAGAUCAAGUGAAGGAGUUUGAAUCAAAGGAAAGAAAACUUCAAGCUAUGAUUGAAAAGUUGGAGAAUGAGAUUGAAAGAAAGGAAGGAGAGUUACACCAUGCUGAAGAAACAAGAGAAAAUCUUGUUUAUGAAAUAAACGAGCUAAAGGAAGAGAAGGAAAUAUCUAGAACAGAGAUUCAAACAAUGCAAGAAAAGGUGAAUGAGUGGGAUAAUUUAAUGGACAUCUUAAAACGAGAAAAAGAUCAUGUAAUACAUGAAUUGGAUGAAUCAGAGAGGAGGGAGCAGAAUUUUAGAAAAGAAAUUGAUUUCUUAAUGACUUCAUUGAAUGAAGCUUUGAAAGAAAGAGACUCUUUGCAGGAUGAAGUUUUUAAACAUCAUGAAAAAGACGGAUCAAUUAAUGAUGAAAUAAGUCACAUGAAAGAAAAGGUUCAGGAAUUAAUUGAUGAAAAAUGUAGAUUAGAAAAAGAGCUAGAUGAUGCAUAUUCAUCUAAAGGUGAAAGUUCAAUAGAAAUUCAGUCAUUAAGAUCAAAGUUGAGUGAUGUGUACGAAGAUAAAGAUUCAGUGGAAAGGGAAAAAGAGUCCAUGUCUAUGAUCCUUCAACUUGCUCAAGAUAAAAGUGAACACCUUGCAGAAGAAAAUGCAGCUCUUAGAACUGAAAUGGAACAAGUUGAGAAACUGAAAGAAACUAUUCAAAGUUUAGAAAAUGAAAAGAGUGAUGCCUGUGAUACUAUGAAACAAUUAGAAAUUGAGAAAAACGAAAUUCAGGAAGUAGUUAAAGAAAAGGAUACAUAUAUUCAGGAACUAGAAGUAAAGAUUUUAGAUAUGUCAGAGUCUUUGUCAAAGGCAAAGAGGAUGUAUGAGACAAUAAAAGGACAGGUUGAAAAUGAAGAAGCAUCUCUGUCAAAGAUUCACGAAAAUGAAAUUACAGAGAUGAAGCAAACUAUUGACUUGUUAACAAAUGAAAAGGAUGAGUUAAGGAAGAAAGUUGAUGCUCAAUGUAAUGUAAUCGAUGAAAAAGACAAUGUUGUGAGUGUAAAAGAUACAAGAAUUUCUGAGUUGGAAAUAUCAUUAGAAAAUGGUUCUAAAGAAGCUGAGAAAUUGAAAAAUCAAAUAGAAACUUUAACAGAAGAAAUAUCUACACUUCAAAAGCAAGUUGAUCAAUUAAUUGAAGGGAAAGAAACUGGUGAUACAGAAUUGGCAACUUUUAAAGAAAAAUGUGAAAAAAGUGACAAGGAAUUAUUAGAGGCAAGAUCUAAAUUGAAUGAUGUUGAUACAACAAUAAGUAGUCUAAAUGAAAAGUUGACAGAGUUACAAGUUGUAAAUGAAAGUUUACUGAAUGAAAAACAAGCAUUUGAAAAUCAGCUUAGUGAGAAAGAUCAAGAGAUAGAUAGUUUAAAAGCAGAACUGGAAAAGGUUAAGACAGAUUAUGAGAGUGUAGAAAAUUCUCUAAAAGAAUCAAUAGAGGAAAAAUCUGAACUUAGUUUGAAAUCACAGUCUUUAGUAGAGGAGCUGGAUAAACUGAGGGAAGAAAAAGAGAUCAGUGUAAGUGAGAUAGAAACAAUUAAAGCUGAAAGUGCUCAAUUAGUGCAAUCAUCAUCCAGUCAAGCAAAUGAAAUAGAACACAAGAUUACCGCAAUUUCUAAUGAAAAACAAGGCCUAGAGGAAAAGAUUAACAGCUUAUCUGCGGAGAAAAAUCAAUUAGAAAAUGUUAUAGUGGAGUUAAGACAGGAAAAAGAUGAAGUAACAGAGGUAAAGGAUAAACUAAGUGUGUCUAUAAGGGAACUUGAAGAUGAAAAUAAAUCAUUGAAAGAUUCAGUUUUUGAAAUUGAAAAUCAAAAGAAAAAUGAUAGAGAGGAACAUGAAGAGGUCCUAAAAGAAUUAAACUGUAAGAUAGAGACUCAUGCAAAAGAAUUUAAUAGCUUGAAUGAAAAGCAUGCUUCAUUGGAAAAUGAGAUAAGUGAAGUGAAUGAACUUUUGAAAACUGUCACCUUGGAAAAAGAUGAUUUGGUUAACAAAAAUGAAGGUUUGUUGAAUGAAAUUAAAAGUCUUACUAAUGAAUUAGCUAAAAAUCAAAGUAAUAUAGAGGAAUUAAAAGCACAUAUAGAUAAAUUACAAGAAGAAAAAGCUAAAACUGGCAGUGAAUUUGAGAUAGUGAAAGAAGAAAAUGAAGAAAAGAAAAGAAACUUAGAGGAGCUUGAUAAUCAGUUGAAAGAAGCAAGAAAACAUGAAGAAGAGCUUGGAAAACAAAUAGAUGAAUUGAAAUCUUUUGCUGAAUCAGAGAUGAAUGAUAAGGAAUCAAGUCUGAAAAAUGAACUAGAUAUCGUAAAGAAAGAAUGUGAUAACUAUAAACAAGAAAUUGAAGAACUACAGUCAAAGGUUAAUUUAUUGACAGAAGAAAUGAAAACGUCCACUGAAGAGUUGAAUGCAUUGUCUGAAACAAAAUCAGUGCUUGAAAGAAAACUUAAAGAAGUAAAUGAAGAAACUGAAAGAGUAAAAGCUGAUGUUCAUUUAAAAGUUGAACAGCUUGAAAAAAUUAGUCUGGAAGCAAAUGAACUGAAGGAAACAGUAAAGUGUAAGGAAACUGAAUUGGCUGAAAAAAGUGAUAGUGCAGAAAAAGAUUAUAAAGAUCUAGAAAAUAGGCAUCAACAGAUAGAAGAAGAAUUGCAGCUGAGAUGCCAAGAACUUGAGGAAAAGAUAACAUUACUGGAAAGGGACAAUCAUGGGAAAGAACAAGAGAAAACACAAAAAGCUGAGAAUGUCAAAUCUGAAGUAGAGAAGCUAAAGUCAGAUCUAAAAACAAAGGAUGAUAUGUGUAACAAACUUAAAACUGUUGCUGUGAAAACAAAGAAAGAGCUGGCAGAUUUUAAAACAAAGAGUGCCAAGGAGAAACAGCAGCUUGAAGAAAUAAUAAAAGAGAAGGACAGUUUCAAGGUAGACUUUGAGAAAACUCUUCAACAGCUGACUGAUUUAAAAGCUGACAUGGCAGAGAUUAAGGCACAGAAAGACAUACUUGUUUCUGAAAAGGAAGCUCUUAAUGAGCAACUGAAGACACAGGAGAAGUUGGAGCAAGAGUUAGAGGCAAAUAAGAUACAGAAAGAUGAGCUUAACAAGGAGAAGCAACAGCUGUUGACAAAAGUUAAAACUCUUGAGGAUAAACAGAAGAGUGAAGAGGAGAAACAAAAAGGAGUGACAGAAGGUCUACAGCAGCAAAUUCAAGAGAUGCAGAAAAUGCUGGAAAAUGCCAACAAGGAAGCCAGUCAGAGUUCUAUGAUGGAUCUUGAGAUUGCAGAUUAUGAGAGAACGGUUCAGGCACUGACCACACAGGUACAAGAGAAAGACGAGGAAAUAACGGAGAUGAAGACCGAGAUUGAACGUCUAGAAGUGCGUGCUAAAACAUUACAAGAACAGAUUGAUGCAGUUGAAGAACAAAGAGUCCAGUCAGAGGAGAGAGGGAACAAGUUAAAACAACUGUUGGUGAAAACAAAGAAAGAUUUAGCCGAGGCCAAGAAGAUGGAGACUGAACAGAGAAGUUCUGAUGCCCAGCUUCGUGGUCAGACUGAAAGAUUACAACAACAUGUUGAAGAACUAAAGGUUCAAAUAGCAUCUGUGUCAGUUGAGAAGCAGAGAUUAGAGGAAAGGUUACGUAACCAUAGUGACAGUCAGCAGAAGACAAUCAAAUCACUUGAGAGUCGUUUGACCUCUACACAAUCUGACCUUGACCUUGCCAAGAGUGAAUUGGCAGCAUGCCAAGCUGAAUAUGAAGGCUACAAGGUGAGAGUUCAUAGUGUGUUGAAACAACAGAAAACAAAAGGACCCAAUGACACUCAAAAUGAUGGUGAUAAGAUAGAAAGAGAAAGACUCGAGAGGGUUAUAGAACAGUUAAAAGCUAAACUGGAAGAGCUAAAUGAUAGUUUAGAGAAUAUGAGGCGAGAGAAUGACAUGUUACAAGAGGAACAAGAUAGACUCACACAGAGAUAUAACAAGACAUUACAAGAUCUACAAGAUAAAGAUGACACCUACAGGAAAAGAAUUGAGGAAAUGACAAAAGAAAAAUCAGCAGCACUAUCAGAGCAGAUGCAGACAAUAAAACAAUUAUCAAUACAGAAUGAAUCUCUUGCUCUAACAUUCAAGGAACAACUGCGUUCUGCCAAUGAUGAUCACCACAGAGCAGUGGAAUUACUACAGUCACAGAUUGAUUCGCUCGACCGUGAAAACUUGCGUCUGCAGCGUGACCUUCAGAACAUGCAGAAAAAUGCUACUUCACCACGACAGAAUGAAAAGGAUAAAUCAGUUACACCGACACCACCAGAGUUUGUACCAGAUUUCCGGCAUAUUGAAAGACAAGAAGGCGAGGGGUCAGAAAUUGUGGACCCAGAACCUUGUCCAAGGGGCAAGUUACCAAAACCAAAGCCAGGUUUGCUGCCUCUAGAUCAGUUGUUGACAGCAGAUAUGGAUGACACUUCAAGUGUAGCAAGCUCACAUGUAGAUGUUGAUGCUUUACAAGAUAAACUAACAAAGGAACAGAAGAAAAAUGAACAUUUAACAGAGCUGAUGAAUGAAAGUGAGGCUGAUGUAAUGAGAUUGACAGAACAAGUGAAGAUAUUGAAAGAUGAAAUACGUAGACUGGAGAGAAAUACGCAGCGAGAAAAAGAAACACAAAAUCUCGAAUACCUAAAAAAUAUCCUAAUGAAGUUUUUGAGUUUGAAAGUUGGAGAUGAGAGGAACCAGCUUAUACCUGUAUUGAACACAAUGCUAAAACUUAGUGCUGAGGAAAAAUUGACUCUUCAGAAAGUUGCUCAAGGAGAGGAAGCAUCAGAUUCGCAGCAACCUGGAGGAUGGGGUUCAUACCUACAUAGGUGGUCUGGUCUUACCUAGAUGCCCUACAUGUGUGAGCUCAAGCAGGCGUUACUUAAUCACAUGUCUGCAAAUUUGGUUAGUUAAAUGAAUCAUAGCUUGUUCAAGAAAUUUCUAGUGAAGCAAGAGAAUCUGUCAGCGGAAUAAUCAUAACCUGAAGAAUAUGAACACAUUAAUUAGAAAAAUUAUCACUAAGAUAAA